GGGAGACAGAAGAAGAAGAACUCAGGUGGACACAGUUGAAAAAUGAAGCAAGCCAAUCAGAUUGCUCCUUCCCCUUUCCGCCAAUGACAGGCGUCACAUUGUUGUCAAAUUUGUCUAAUGAAAAGGUGGCAGCAACAAUAGUAAAGGAGGAAGACAGUGUUCUGUAUCCACUGACGAUCUCUGGAGGAAGUUAGUGUCUCAGGCGGCGUCCAAACAUCCACCUACACACAUAGUCCGCCAGGAUUGCUCCUCUUCUUUUUGGAUUUUAAACUCAACAAGUUUUUGCUACUGGAGAUAUCCGCUAAGUAGAAGUGGUCCUCACAAAAUCACGUCCUCAUCUUGUGUCCACUUCUAGUAUUCUUAUCACCACCAUGGAUCUCAGAUCAGAGCUGCCCAGCGCCUCCUCCGCUACCCAGGUCCACCCCGCUGCGGCCGCAGCGGCGGCUGCUGCAGCAGCAGCGUCCACCAUCCCUGUCUCCAUGGCAGGGAACCUACUGCGCGGGCCUCCUCUGCUGCUCCGCGCCGCCGACAAGUACCCCCGCACGCCCAAGUGCGCCCGCUGCAGGAACCACGGCGUGGUGUCGGCGCUGAAGGGCCACAAGCGCUACUGUCGGUGGAAGGACUGCAUGUGCGCCAAGUGUACGCUGAUAGCCGAGAGGCAGCGCGUCAUGGCGGCCCAGGUGGCACUCAGGAGGCAGCAGGCGCAGGAAGAGAACGAAGCCCGGGAGUUGCAGCUGCUCUACGGCACCGCAGAGGGGCUGGCCCUGGCUGCGGCUAACGGCAUCAUCCCUCCGAGGCCCAGCUAUGAGGUGUUUGGUUCUGUUAACAGCGAGACCAGCAACUCUGAUUCGAGCGUCCAGAAGUUCGAGUUGUUCCCCAAGGGCCAGCUAUCCGGUCCUUCCACCCCGCAGCAGCCCGGUGGCAAACCUACCGAGAGUGACUCAGUUCCGGGAAUCUCCUCCCCAGACGGCCGGCACGUAGGCUCCGGCUCUGAGAACGGAGACAGCGAAUCCUUCAUCAACUCCCCGGUAGCCAAACCUUUAAAAGACGACGAGGACACUCCCGGAUCUGUCAGCUCCCUCGGUUCUGACUCCGGUUCCGAGACUGACAAAGAUGAGCAGGAGUCCUCGCCGUCCUCCGCGGCCUCCAGGCACAUGCACGCCAUCGACAUCCUCACUCGGGUGUUCCCCAGCCACAAGCGCAGUGUUCUGGAGCUCGUUCUGCAAGGCUGCGGGAAGGAUGUGGUACAGGCAAUCGAACAGAUCCUCAACAACGGUGGUUCCAAUGGAGGCAGUGCUGCUCAGGGUGCCAGCAAGGCCGGGCUUGAGGAAACAUGGAGCGGUGACAGGAUGCUGCAGCAGCCGCAACCACCACCCGCCUCCUCCUCUGCGACAGCCCCGACUCGACCCAUGCUUCCUGGGGCCAUGACUCUCAGCAACCGCUCGGCCUUCUCGCCCCUUCAGCCCAACGUUCCUCCCUUCGGAGCCGACCCAAGCACAUACCCGCUGGGCACCCACCUGGGACUGAACCCUCUGCGGCUGGCCUACUCUGCUCACAGCCGGGGUCUGGCCUUCAUGACGCCCUACUCCACUACCGGCCUCAUGCCCACCCUGGGCUUCAGGCCCCCCAUGGACUAUGCCUUCAGCGACCUGAUCCGGGACAGGACAAUACUGCAUAAGGAGCAGGGCUAUGCGGGUGGUCUUUACGGGCCUCUCGUCAACAAUACGCCGGAAAAACAGUAACGAGAGGCGACUGAACACACACAUCACACACUGUACGCACGCAUUUCAUUGUAUUUGUAGCCACGCGUGUUUGAAUGUUGGCAAAAACGUGUAAUGUGUUUUGGCUGCAGGAGACUGUAAAUAAAACAAAAUAUGUCUUAGAGUGAAAACAUACAUUGUUGCAUUUUAUAUUGGAUUAUGAAUGUUUGGGGCAUGAUUUUUACAGUGAUUGUAAAAGCAAAAUUAGCACGCGCCCUUCAAACUUAACUGCAGUUUUCACAGGAAAAGGAAGUUUUACUAACCCUUUUAGGACGUUGUUAAAAGUUCAACUAACUGAUGUGUAAAAACCACCGCCACCAAGUCUUAUGUAUUCUAAUUAUUAUUUCUUAUGUUUUGUAUUUGUUUUCCCAACAGCCUGUAUUAUACUGUAUAUUGCAUUUAUGAGGAAAUGCUCUGGUAAUAUUUGACUUUUCAUUUAAUCAGUUAGCACCAAUAUUUCGUGACAACGCUCCUCCAAAUAAGUCAGUUCAUCUUUUAAAUGUUAUAAAAAACAAUCUGUGCCGUCACAUUGUCUGAAU